GCUGGGUGGCGGUAGACGCUCCAAGUCUCGCGGUGUUUCCCGUGUUUAUCGCAGCAGAAGAAGAAUCGCGGAAGAGAGAAAAGGCUUCCUGACGGACCGCGAGGCUAACAGCUAGCAGCUAGCUAAGAAACGACGUCUCACCCGCAGCCCGAGCAGCUCCACGUCACACAGACCCCGCACCGAAGGUUCGAGCCCGCAGCAUCAAGAUGACAGCCGCACCUUACAACUACUCGUACAUCUUCAAGUACAUCAUCAUCGGUGAUAUGGGAGUAGGAAAGUCUUGUCUGCUUCACCAGUUCACCGAGAAGAAAUUCAUGGCGGACUGUCCUCACACCAUCGGGGUGGAGUUCGGGACCCGGAUCAUGGAGGUCAACGGUCAGAAGGUGAAGCUGCAGAUCUGGGACACGGCGGGUCAGGAGCGCUUCAGGGCCGUCACCAGGUCGUAUUACAGAGGGGCCGCCGGGGCCCUCAUGGUCUAUGACAUCACCAGGAGAAGUACUUAUAAUCACCUGAGCAGCUGGUUGACAGAUGCAAGAAACCUGACCAACCCAAACACAGUGAUCAUUCUGAUCGGGAACAAGGCCGACCUGGAGGCUCAGAGAGACGUGACGUACGAGGAGGCCAAACAGUUUGCUGAAGAGAACGGGUUGCUGUUUCUAGAGGCCAGCGCUAAGACAGGGGAGAACGUGGAGGAGGCCUUCCUGGAAGCGGCAAAGAGAAUUUACCAGAACAUCCAAGACGGCAGUCUGGACCUGAACGCCGCCGAGUCCGGAGUCCAGCACAAACCGUCUGCGCCGCAGGGCGGACGCCUCAACGCUGACAGCCAGCCGGCCAAAGAGGGCUGCAGCUGCUAACCACGGACGGGAAGAACGGACGGACGGAGGUAGACCGACGCGUACCCAGAGAUCCACCACGAGGCUGUCCAGAGAGCGUCAAACUGGAUUUAGCCGGUUUCUUUUAACAGUCCGAACAGCUGUUGUUGAAUCAAGACCUCAGUUCAGGACCCUAAACAAGACUCAACCAUCAGAAUCAUUUAAUCAGAACACCCCCGACCAAAACCAGAAUCUAUCUGUGGGCCAGUCUCAAAUCUGGAUCAGUGUUGCAUUAAUCCCAACCACUCACGCUGGGUCUGGUUCCAUCACAGACAACCCUUUACCCCUGAAACUGGACCACUGAACUAGACUACACUGCACCAAAAGGGGGUCGCCUUAGUUCUGAGUCUGGACAUUGCGAUGGACAGAUCCAGAGCCCUGGUCCAAGUCCAGACUUAGUCCAGCUCACAUCCAAGCAUGCUUGACCUGAAGGUACAUCUCUAACCAAUCACUAGACGACCUUCUUCCUGGACGACCCUCCGGACCCUAGUCUCUUCAAAGUCCAGAUUCUGUCGACUGAAGUCCAAAAUUUGGACAAACCUUGUCCUCAAAACAAAACACCCGAGUCCCAACAGACAGUAAAGAUUUGAAGCCCCUAUAGACUAAAUCUGAUCACCAAAAUGUUGAGCACCCAAGUUCCACCUUUGGACAUUCCUAUAAUCAGAUUCAGAACUGCCCCUGCUUCAAAUAGACCUCACACCGUGGCCCGAUUGGCCCAAAGAUCGACCCAGAAUAGGACCACCGUCACCCACAACCAGACAACCAUGAUUCCCAAGACUGGACCCAACUCAAGUAGAGGUGGUCCCACUGCCCUUUGUCUCCAAUGUAAAACACCAAUGAGACAAAGAUUCAGUGCUUGGCAUUUAGACAAACCUGCACCCCAAAUCUGGACUCCUCCACUUAACAUGUGGAUCACCCAAGUUCCAGCUCUGGACCUUCUUAUUCAGAGCAGUAGGACCGCUUCUCAGACCAGGUCAAGUCCCACCUCCAGUCCAAACUUCAAAUUUCGAUUUGAUCUAAAUCUGAAGAUCUAAUCUGCUAUAAAUCCAAUCGUCCAAUCUCCUGACGUUCCCUCUGAUAUUGAACGUCUGGAUCCAUAGUUGUACUUCUGUCUUAUACUUGUGUGAUAUCCCAUCAUUUGUUGCUCAGUUGGAAAAGUCUUAAAAGGUCAAGCUUCACGUCCAUCAACACGGAGCGGCCUGAGCAUCAGAGCAGAUCCCUUCUUCACAGAAAACAUCUUCUUCUUCAGUUCAUGUCAACAAACUCCUCGUCUUAAGUGUUCCUCUUCACCAGAACCCGUUCCCCUUCAAACAUCUGGCUCCUGCGUUUACACCACGUCGGACAUGUGGAUCAGAAGACGUGUUUCAGUUGUAGAUGUGGAUCGGAGACUUUUUGAAUCUGUGGUCAAAUUCAUCUCUGGAGGCGUUUUACUCGUUUUGUCUCCUCGUCCCCUGGACUGCAGGUUAAAGGGGGACUUCAUCCUGGUUAAUACUCAAAAGUACGUCUGUCUUCUGAGGCUUUGGAGGAUCUUUGUGCAAAAAUAACUCUGACGAUGAACGAAAGCCUGAGGAAGGCGUGGUCGUUCACCAGGCGGAGUUUGCCCCAUAUUAUGAUCCAAUAGUCAGGAUAUCUGGACCUUAACUGGGUCAUUUUUUAAAAGUCUUUCUUUAACGUCUCUCGGUAGUUCCUGAUCUCAUAGAAGUGCGAUACUUAAACCUCCUUGUUCUCCAGACGGACCCGCUCGGACACGGUCCUAAAUAACCGGAGUGCCCUUUAAUGUGAGCUGGAGGAGGCGUCGGUACACAUAGACACACAUAGACACACAUAGACACACAUAGACACACAUAUAAACACAUAGACACACGGUCCAGGUCUUUGAGGGUCCAACAUUUAGGACCCGGAUCGCUAAAUCUGACCUGAAACCCCCCUAAUCCAACGUGCAUUAAUUAAAUUAAAACUAAAAAACAGAAUCUGAAACGCUCCUGAGGACACUAUCACACUAUUACUACAAUAUGUUUGGAUCCAGGUCUGACUUGUGAUCUGGAUCUGGUCUCUGUUGCUACAGACAGGAUCCACAAACCCACCUUCUGUAUCUCCACACUUGUUUAAAAUCUAAAAUAUUAUAAUUAUGACUAAAUAACUCGAGGCCACUCUGAUGACCGAUCGCUCUGUGGAACGAUGAAGCGACUGAUUGAAUAAAAUGACUAACCUGAACCAGAGUCUGCUGGUCAGGACCGAUGUUUAUUAAUGCGUUAACGAUUAAAUAGAUUCAGUAUAUGUAUUGAAUAUAUAUAUAUAUGUAUAUUCUUUGCGUCCCUCCUGGUUAAGAGCUGAUUGAGGGAAGAAAAAACAUUCUCUUCAUUUGUUGCUGCCUUUUUUUGUUUCUUUUCUUUAAAACGUGAGGUCCGGAUCGCUUCCUUCUGGAUUCUGUUUUUUUGCAGCUAAAUUAGCAAAAGUGUUGCAAAGUGAAACAAAAAAACCUUAGAGAUACAUUCUUUGUAGAUUGUGAUCUUGGCGCUACAUGAACCAGUUCUCCCAGUUUAUCUCACUGGAUCGGUCCGUAAAUUCAGUUUCUUAAGAAUCAUUCCAGCGCCAACGACAGAAACACCGACGUUGAAGCUCCAAUAAACUUUAUUUGACUCCUUUUUAAAUAUUCGAAUGUUAAAUUCUUUGAUUUAAAGGUCACAAAAGAAAAAACAAAACAAGCCGACAGAUUUAACGUUUCAGUGGUUUUAAAACCAAAUGGAUUAAUGACGCUCUGACCUGAGACUAUUCUGCUCUCGUUGACGGAUGAACGUCAGAUUUACACUAAAUGUAAAAUAAAAUAAAAAUAAUAUAAUCUGUUUAAAUACACAGAAGGAUUCAGAGAUUUAUAAAAGAAAACCUGAGAAAUGUUUCAACUCGAGGUCUGAAUGAGUCCCAGAAAGAACAAAUGUCACCAACAGUCCAUCUGAUGAAUCAAAGUAUAAUUAAUAACAAUACACCGAGUUAAUUAAUCAAAGUGAUUCAUUUAAUCUUUACGUAUUUUACGCACACAUACUUUCUAAGACAAAGUUAUGACAUAAGUCCAUUUUAAUUUACUGACUGUCUCAUAAUCAUGAUUUAAUGAUUUAAUUUUUCAAGCAAAAAAUACAUUUAAAAAAAAUCAAAUAAAAAAAAAAUCUUCACAGGUGAUCAGUUUGCUUUUUCAACAAAUUUUGAAAUUCAUUGUUUUGUUAGUUGUUCAUCUUAAUUUGUACAUAAAUUAAUUUUAGAAAUGUAUGAAUUGUAAUUAUUACAUCAAAUUGAACACGCCCAGUUUCUGUUUACUAUUAACUCGACAGACAACUUAUUGGUGACAUUUGUCUCCUCCGGGACUCCGUACUGCUCGGCUGGUCUCGCUCAGAUCUGGUGUUCGUAUCGAGUCACUACUGACGUGUGAGGGUUUAAAGCCGGUGCUGUGAGUCCAUCUGGACCGCUUCAACACAAAACCUGGUUUUUAACUGUCCACAUCUGUCUGAAAGGGGAGGGACUUAACUCCUCGCUGUCCUCUGAUUGGUGGACGGCCUUCUUCAACUGUGACGCUUUGACUUAUGAAUGCACCUCCUCCUCACUUUAAAACACAUCAGACUCUAAAGUUCCCAGACAUCUUGUUGCUCUUCUUCUUCGUAACAACCUGCACGUCGUAUUCGCUGGAAAAAAACAUCUUUUAAGGAAAUAAAAGUUUGUUUCCCCGUUGACGCUUUUGAAAUUUUUACUCGGAAAGAUUUUAACAAGUUUCCAGAAACCAAAGGGUCACAAAAAGCAAAUCCCUGAAAUGAAACGACCUGUAGUUUGGAGGUUUGUUGUGGCCGCCGCCUUAAGCUUCCCUCGCCAAAGGAAAACAAACAUUUCAUUUAAGAUAAAAUAAUCUAAACUUUAUAAUAACGCAGCAGCGGUGAUCGUCCUCUAGGUGGCAGUGUUGUAGCAGCGUGAACUGAAAAAUAUAAACGUCAAAGAAUUCAGUUUUUAAAGAUCCCUGAUAUCGUUACAGCGCCCCCUAAUUCCUAAAUUUGAUAAAUAAACGAAACGGCUGAAUUUCUUUUACAAACGUAUCCAAACAUUGCUGUACGUUGAGUUUUUAUAUUAGUGUUUGUUGAUUAAAAACUGCAUUUCAAAUCCUUAAACUAAUCAGCCAGACGGAGGCGCUGAAGUCCGGCUGACAGGAAGUUAACUUUGAAAGUAAAAUAAAUCUGAAACCACAGGUCAGAGUGAUUCAAAUCAGCCGUUUUUUUAAUCUCUGCUCGCUCGGCUGUGAAACGCUCUGAACGUUUUAUUCUUUUUCUUUCCUGUAACGUUGAUUUUCUGUCUGCUAAAGUAAAAAAAUGCUUCUUAUGAUUCUUUGACUAUUUAUAUUCUGAAUCUGUAAUGAUUUUCUUCAGCUGAACCUCGUCAUUGUACGACCGCGAGGAUUCAGUCAUUUGUAAAUAAAGUAUAUAUACUGUA